GCAUGCGUGUAGGUUUCCUCGCUUGUGCACUGACAGACAGUAACGUGCCCGCGCUGGCUGUGAGCGCAUCUCAUACGGACAGUCGAUCGGACAGAGUCCGCUGUCAGUCAGUAAAUACCAAUUCAAUGGUCCAGAAGUGCUGUCGUCGAGACUGACUGCGAGAACGUAGAUCAAGAAAUAAGGGGGCGACAUGGCGACUCCAGCCACAGUCACAGUGCGUCUCAUCAGAUCAUUCGAGCACAAGAACUUCAAACCCAUCGUGUUCCGUGGUGUCGAUCUGGACCAGAAGGUGAUAGACUUCAUCCACAUGGUCACUGAAGACAUUAAAUCCAGACCUGGCCUCCCUCCUCCGUUUAGAAAAUUCACCUAUGACACAAUGAAGAUCGUCCAUCAAGCACAUGGCGCAAAGACAAAUGAGCUGGUGAUGAGUUUAGAUGAUGAUGAGCUGCUCAUUCUGGAUGAGGAGAAGACACUAAGGGCCUCUGGAGUGGCCAACGAAACGGAGGUUGCAUUCUUCAAGAAGGAGGACUACGGCCUCUACAAAGCAAAUCCCACCUCCCCAUUUUAAAAGUUGCACGAUGUUCAUGAGCACCUUGGGCUGUGGGGAAUAGUUCAACCUUUAGAAUUUCUAUUUUAAGCAAAUCUACUCGGAACCUCUGGUUUUAUUUACGUUUUUGAAUAAAGUUUUUCA